AAAUGUACGAGUAGGAGUCUAUUGGUUGUACUGUACAGUCAUCGAUAAUUCUAGUGUUCUGUGCUUCGCCUCACUUCGCCUGCAGUACUCUAGAAUCAUGACCAAUAAUGAGGAACCAUUUUAUAAUCUCGGAGGUAAUACAAUUGGAGAACACAAACGUAAUUUUAACAAUUACGUAAAUAAUUUGAACAAUCUGAAUACAUCCGAAGUAAUACAGAUAAUAACAAAUUUGAAACCAAGGAACCUUCAAGAACAAUUAUUUCAUCUUAAUUUAUUAUGCAAAUAUGAGCAACACUACUUAUUAUUGCAAAAUCUCAUGAAUGGGAAUAGAAUAUUAAAUAAAUUAACAAUCAGAGAUCACAAAUUCUGCAAAUAUAUUGUGGACAAUACAACUGCCAAUGACUUUGUGGAGGAUAUAUGCCCUAAUAUAUCUUAUGUCACGCGCGUAAAUUUGAUUCAAAAUAUGACCUGGGCUUUUGAAGAGCCAGCUGAUUUGUAUUUCAAUUCAAUUAGAGAAAAAUACGGUUUGAGAGAGGCUAUAUUGAUUCUACCAUCAUGUACAAGACCUCUGAUUGAAACGAUCUUGAAGGAAACGAAAUGUCGUAUUAAACUAAAACAUUUGAUUAAGCUGCAUCAGAAAUUCCCGGGCAUUAUCAAAUUUUAUUUUGAAAAUAGCAAUGAUUCGAUUGAUGAAUACAAGGCUUUGUGUGCAUACUUGAUAUACAAUGAUCCAGAUGCAUUAGACAAAAUACCGUGUAGUGGCAGAAAGAUUUUUUUGAAAUAUUUCACUGUCAAGGAGAAAGAAGUAAUCGAGAAACCAUCAGAUUACCUCAAAUACCUAAAAAUAAUUAACAAGGAAAUGAAAAAGAGAGGACUUUCUUUCGAUGUGAUAUUGAAGAACGUUUUUCCAAAGAAAUGCGAUGAUUUCUCUUUAAACUAUACAAUCACAUCGGUACUAAAUAUGUAUCCAAAACAUUUGAGAGCCACGGCAAUUUUGGAUACUUAUAAAGAGAUAUAUGGGACUAAUUAUGCAGAAUCAGUUGAUAAACACUUUCUAGAUAUAAUUGAUAUCAAGGAUUAUGAAGAUUUUAAGAAGGAUGAUGAUUAUAUUGAAUAUAAUCCGAAAGAAAUAUCCAUUCCAUUAAUUAAAAAUAAAAUUAAUGUGACUUCAAAUCUGUUCGAAAGAAGGAAACUGCUGGAAAAAAUGAUAAAGACGUGUAAAUUGAAUGAGAGUAAUGAAGCGUUAUUGGAAGUUUUAAAAUAUUUCUGCCAACGACACCGAAACGACACAAUUUUAUCAAGACAAGGUGUAUUGGAUGAAAUAUUACACAAUUUCAAAAUUUCUAAUUUAAGUGAAGAACAUUGGCAUUAUUUGAAAGAAAUCUUGUUGGUUUUCAAAGUUAAUAAUGAAUACUACAAUAAUAAAUUCAAAUAUUUGGAAAUUAUAAUUUUGAGGAAUAUUGAGAACGACCUGGAUUAUAUGGAAGAGUUCAAGGAAUAUUUGGAAAUCGUGAAAUUUUGCCAUUUUUGGAAUAAAAUCACUGAUUACCCUGAACAUGAAAGGCUGCUGAUUCUGAGAUAUCCAGAAAUAUUUGACACCGAAAAUGUAAAUGUUUUACAUGAACAAAAAUUACAAUUUCUACAAAAAAUCUUUGAUUUUAAUAGAAGGAACAAGAGUAUGUUUAUUAAUCCACACGAUUAUCCGGAAUUAAUAGACCUUGUAUUUGAACACUUGGCAGAGGGACACAGACAUUUGGCUUCUUCAUGCAUAGAGAGUAUUUUUAAAUGCACAACAGAUUUCAAUGAGAAAGUGAAAAUAGCAGACAAAUAUUUCGCGAUUAGCAAAUUUUCCAAUAACGACACCAUCUACUUCUGGGCACUAAAUUUCAAACCAGACUUGCUGCUAUUACAUUUGGAUAACGUAAUUCAUAAUUAUAAAAAUGCGAACUUUUAUUAUGAAUUAAAUAAAAUGCAUUAUACGGCAUUGCGUCAAUCUGUCAUGUAUAAAGCAAUAUCAAUGUUCAACAGCAACGAAUUGAAAGAAGUCGAAAAAGCUAUACAAAUACUUUGCUAUCAAUCGAAUUAUUUGGAUUUAAUCAAGAUGUAUCCACCGUUAGAAGUUAAUGUUUACCAAACUAAUGCAUCAGAGAAUAUUAAGUUAAAUACAAAAAUAUUAGAUAGUUUAAAAAAAUUCCCGAUUCCGUCCGAAUCAUUAGAAACAAUAUUUAAAUACUGCUUUAAAGAUUAUCUUCAAAAUGCUUUGGAAACUUUAUAUUUUGCCAGUUAUCACUGUAUAUCGUCUGUGUUUGAAAAGCAAAUUGUACAGUUGUUGAACAGAUCGGUAACAGUUCGUAAACACGCAAUUUUCCUAACAAAACAAUUAUCUAAAUUAAGCACUAAACUGUCGCUACUUUCGUCACUAUCGAAGACAGAAAAGAACGUAUCCAUUAAAAAGUAUAUAUUCAGUAGUAUUUUCGGGCUAUUUCUCGCAAAUCAAACUGACACUAUAUAUAAUAUGCUUGUGGAAAAUCUUAAACUUUUGGAUGAAAAUGAUUCGGAAUCUUUGGCAAUGAUUUUAAACAUCUACGAUAUUUCAACAAUAUUUAAAUCGAAAUAUAUACAAAUUCUAUGGGAAUACUUAAAAGAAAAAAAUAAGGGUUUCGAAUUACAACUUAUACGCCAUAUGGAUGAGGAAAUUAUCAAAACUCUACCUAUAUAUUUGGGUGAUGAAAUAUUGAGGUUGGUAAUAUUCGAACAUCAAGAUGAGGGUCAGAACUUUAUUUACAAGUACUUGAAAAUAUCUCAAACUCUCGAUACUUUUUGGAAAGCCAUUCACGACUACAUCAGUGCACCGUAUAGGAACAAUUUGGGAUUCGGUACGAAAUUGAACAAACUGAACCAACUGUUCAACACACUCAUAUCGACAUUCAUUAGCAACGCAAAAGAAUCAUCAAAUAAAACGCUAUGUUCUAACAUGUUUAAUGGAUUCAAUAACUUAUAUUUAUCCAACAGUUUGGCAUAUUUACAACUGAAACUAGAUCUAACCAAUCAUUACGUUCAGUUCGGUUUGCAACCGUUCGAACGCUAUUUGAUUACCAAACAGAGGGAUUACCUGGGUUCGGAAAUGCUGGAAAUAUAUUGGGAAUGCGUCAAGGAUGUUUUCGACAAUGUUCGAUAUUACUACGAUUGGCAAAGAGAUCAGUGGGACAUUCAUAUGGAGUUGCUUGAAUCCAUAUUGUCAUUGGAUAAAAGUUCCGGAACGAAGAUUUUGGUGCUCUACCUAAUGCCAAAACCUGAACGUAAAGAUGUCACCGAUUUGAAUCGUAUUAAUAAAAUGCUUGACAUAAUUAAGCAGGAUAUGAAUGGCACAAUUGAAGUUUAUUAUAAUAGAUACAUUGCGCAAUAAUUGUUAUUUUUGUAGUUUAUAAUUUUUGUAU